CCCGGUCCGGACUCAUCAUUCAGUGGUGUACGGUCGGUCAGUGAAAGUUGUCCCGACGAGAUGCGAUCGAUUUUGGCCGUGACUGUCUGUCUGCUGGUGGUGGCGGUGGCGGUGACCAGCGGCAGCUACAUGACCAAGGAUGUCAAAUAUGGCGAUAAAACGUUCCUGCAGAAGCAGAAAGCGAUGCUGGAAAUUUUCCAGCAUGUCCACCAACCGGAACUGCACACCGGGCUGUGGGAAGAAUCGAAAAAGUUCAACGUGGAACAGUAUCUGGAACACUACAGCAACGUGGAAGCCGUGAAGGAUUUCCUCCGGUUCUACCAGCACGGAAUGCUCCCGUUGGAGGAGAUCUUUUCCAUCCACAACGAGCUGCACCGGGAGGAGGCCAUCGCUCUGUUCCAUCUGUUCUACUACGCCAAGGACUGGGACACCUUCUACAAGUCGAUGGUUUGGGCUCGGUUCCACAUCAACGAAGGUAUGUUCGUGUACGCACUGACGGUCGCUGUUCUACACCGACCGGAUAUGCAGGGUAUUGUCCUGCCGGCACCGUACGAAAUCUAUCCGUUCUACUUCUUCAAUGAUGUGGUCAUCAGUAAAGCACAAAGCUACAAAAUGCAGGGCUUCUACAAGAUGAAGAAGAUCAACAACGUCUACACCACGUACAUCCCCAGUAACUACACCAACUACUACAUCCACACGGGACCGGAACAACGGCUAGCGUACUUCACCGAGGACAUCGGUUUGAACUCCUACUACUAUUACUUCCACGCUGACUACCCCUUCUGGAUGGGUGGCAAAGAAUUCGGUUUGUACAAGGAUCGUCGGGGUGAGUUCUAUCUGUAUCAGCAUCAGCAACUGCUCGCUCGCUACUACCUGGAACGUCUGUCCAACGAUCUUGGAGUGAUCCCUACGUUCACGUGGCAUGAGCCCAUAACCACCGGUUACUAUCCUUAUCUGCGCUACUACAACGGGGUACCGUUCCCGGUUCGGUGCAACUAUUUCGCCGCCUCGCAUGACAAGAGCUACCUGCUGGAGGAAAUCGAAGACUACGAACAUCGGCUCAUGGAAGCGAUCGAUCAUGGUUUCAUUACUCUGUUGGAUGGAACCGUCGUCAACAUUACUACCCCGCAAGGAGUCGAAUACCUGGGAAACCUGGUUCAAUCCAAUGGCGACAGUGUUAACCAACGAUUCUACGGUUAUCUCGAAAUUCUCGCCAAAUUCUUCCUGGGAGGAUCAUUCGAGGUGUUCAACGAGUAUCGCAUCAUUCCGUCCGUACUGGAAAAGUUCGAAACCGCGUUGCGCGAUCCGAUGUUCUACCAGCUGUACAAACGCAUCAUCCAUUUCUACUAUGGCUAUCUGGACCAGCUGCCGUCCUACAGCAAGGAACAACUGAACUAUCCCGGUGUCCGGAUCGAAUCCGUUGAAAUGGACAAACUGGUUACCUACUUCGAUAAGUUCGAUGCCGACAUCACCAACGCCGUCGAUGUGGAGGUGUUCGACGAUGGUUCGAUGACGUCCACCGAGAUGAAGAAGUUCGGCAAGAUGGCUCACUAUCAAGGCGAGGACUUCGUUAUCUACGCUCGAGUUCCACGGUUAAACCAUCUUCCGUUCACGUUCAAUCUGAACGUCGUCUCCGACAAGGCUCAUCAGGCGAUGCUGUUGGUGUUCAUCGGUCCCAAGUACGACCAGUACGGUAACAUCUACGGAGUGAACGAAAACCGGGAAAACUUCUACGAACUCGAUCACUUCCUGGUCGAUCUGGUUCCGGGCAAAAAUCUGAUCAGUCGCAACUCGAAGGAAUUCAGCUGGUUCGUAAAGGAUCGCACCACCUACUUCGAACUGUACAAGCAAAUUAUGCUGGCCUACAACGGCGAAAGUAAGUUCCCGCUGGACAUGACCGAAGCCCACUGCGGUUUCCCGGCCCGUUUGAUGCUACCGAAGGGCAAGAAGGGCGGUAUGCCGUUCCAGUUCUUCUUCAUGCUCGUACCGUACCAGGCACCGAAGGUUGCCCGCUUCACCGGAUACGAUCCGGUGCUGUCGUGUGGAGUCGGUUCCGGGGCGCGCUACAUCGACACCCUUCCGUUCGGUUAUCCGUUCGAGCGUAAGAUCGACGAGUCGGCUUGGUUCACACCGAACAUGAAGUACUACGAAACGAUGAUCUACCACAAGAGCGAGAAGGAUGUCAAUGCGGCCGGUGUCUGAGGGAUUGAGGUGUGUGGAAGGAUUUCGGUUUUUGUAGUUGUUUUUGUUUGUUUGUUUUGAGAUGGAUAAACGUAUGAUCUGUAA